AUGGCUUCAAUGGAGUGUGACAUGGCGAUCUCGAAGAUCGAAGAGAGAGACUACGAUCUUCUCUACGGGCACGAGGAAUACGAACCACCGUCAUCGGCGUUGCUGGCACAAACCACGUUCCUUUCCGUAUCCUUCCAACUGGACCCGGACUUGUUCGUCGACUUCGCCGGCAUCCAAGAGCACCUCGAUCACGUUCGCGUCCUCACCGACCUCGUCCGCGCGGCGCACACGACCAUCGACCAACACGACGCCCGAGUCCAGCACGAACUGACCAGGCUCUGGAGUGACAACCCCGACAUCCGCAAGCGUGGCCUCCGCGGCGGUACGGCACGCAAGCAACGCAGGGUCACCGGCAAGUACGUGCGCAUCACCACCGUGAUGGACCGCGACUUCGCCGAGCGCCGACUGGAGGUGGAGAGGAUCGACUACCUGGGCCGCAACCGCGCCGCGGGCCUCCGGGCGUUGAGGAAGAUGUUUGAAGAGGCCUUUUGCUUUCUCCGCGACCAGCAACGCCAGUGUGAGGAUAUUCUUCGGUGUGGCGAUAUCUUGAUGUACGGGGUCACGACGCCGACGGUGCUCUCGCACCUGGGCAUGGUGGACGAGGUUCUGUCGGCAGAGAACUUUGCGCACAUCGACGACAUUAAGGACAUGUUGGACAGUUUCAAUGAAGAGUACGACGAAACCUUGUGA